AUGACUACGCAAAUCGCACGGGACCCCAAAACCGAUCAUCUGCUCACUCCCGAAAAUUCGGCAUUGAUUCUGAUUGACUUUCAACCAGGUUUGAUUGACGGCACCAGGUCCGUUAGCCGCGAGAUUCUGGUCAACAACGUCCUGGCGUUGGCCAAGACCGGCAGCCUGUUCAAGUUGCCCAUCGUGCUCACCACCGUUGCUGUCAGCGCUGGCUACCAGGAGGAUACGAUUGCCGAGCUAAAGUCGGCGCUGCCCGGCGUUUCCACCGUCGAUCGAUCCAGGGUGAAUGCCUGGGAAGAGCCCGCCUUCCGCGAGGCCGUGAUCGCCACCGGACGCCGCAAGCUGAUAAUGGCUGGCCUCUGGACGGAAGUGUGCCUCGUGUUCCCGCCCUGGACCUGCUCAACGAAGCGCAUCAUCCAGGCCGGAGCGAUUCCCGUCACCUGGGAAGCGGUGAUGGCCGAAUUGGCCCGGCUGAAUAUGGCCGACUAUGACAUGAGUGGAUUUAUGGAACUCAUGAACGUGCACCUGCCCCGGAGCGUUUAG